AGUUUGUCUACCGCGGUCGUGUAGUGAGCAUAACAUUGAUUUUUAAGAGAAAAAAAACAAACAAAUAAGCGAAGACGAGGAGGUUUAUUUUCUUUUUAACAAUUUUUUUUUUCGAAAAAAAUUUAAAUAAUUCAGACAACGAAAAGAAUUUUUGUUUUUUAGUUUUUAUCGUCUCUUACCUUUUCCGAUUCAUUAAACGGUUUUUCCAUUAAUACAAUAAAUUUAAAUAAAAAAAACAUUCCGUGCCGUGCUAUGCGUUCACUUGUAGUGAUUUAACCAAAAAAAAAAUCGUUGUUGUUAUUUGUUUUCCACUCUGAACUGAUUUAGUUUCGGUGUGUGAAGAAUUCGUCUGAUUGAUUGGGUAUUGUGCUAUUGAAUUUGUUCAGUUCUUAUAUGCUCCAACAAAGAGAAUUUUAAAUUGCAGAGAAUACAUUCUUCAGCAGAUAGAAUGGCGUCAGAAGUUUCUGAACUAUCAUCAAUAAAAGAUGAAGACCUUUUACGCCGCAUGUGGCAGCAAACAGAAGAUUUUUGCCGCAAAAAGGAAAUUCGUGCUCAUAUGUACAAGUUGCGUGAAGAAAGAUUACGCAACUUUUAUACUGGUGACAUGGACGCUGGCAUUGGUAUGUCCAAAUCACCAAUGAUACCCAGUCAUGGCGAUUCAUUGGCCGAUCAGAGUUUUCAGAGUUUGAAAGCGAAAGAGAUUCGUGAUUGUGCCAGUCCUACCAGACACGUACAAUACGAUAUGGGUACGCCAGAUACGAGUGGAUGGAACGUUAUAUCGACAUCACAGUUAUCAUCUGAUGGUAAAGAGCAACGUAAUACCACACUAGCAACCACCGAUGCUGUUCAAGACAUUAAAGGUGGCAAGGCAACAUUUUCUGGCAAAAAUGAAUUAAUUGAAUCGCAUCGGCAUGAUGGUGAUGACAAGAAUUACACGUCUACGUCGGGACAUGCUUCGAAUACCAUUCUCAAAGAGCAUGUCGUUACCGGUGAUGACAAAAAUGGACGCACCGAGUCAAUAUCGAACACUACCAGUUCAACUUCCAAGACAACUACAUCAUCGAAAUAUCAGUCUGAUAAUUCGACCAACGAUGACUUCGUACAGGAAUUUGAAGGAGCCCUGAACUCAGCUAGACGAUCGGUUCGCACAAACCAAUCGAAUUCGAACAACGACCAAUUCGAACGACCAAUUCCUUGUAACGAUUUCGAAAAGGAAUAUUUUAACAGCAAAACUACUAACCAAUCAUCAUCGACUACAUCCAAUCAACAGUCGACUUAUGAAAUCCGUCGAAAUUCUGCCAGUUCUACAACAUCAUCGGUUGAUGCCAGGAAAAUCCAGCGAGAAACUGAAUAUUUGGCAAAUGCUCCCGGGCAGUUGAUAUCACGAUCGGUUGAAUAUCCGGAUGCUAAUACGAAGGUCAUAACUGAAACGAAAACGCUGCCGGAUGGCAGUACGGUGACAACAACAAAAUAUGAAACGAGAGCUGCUUCAUCGACAACUACAUCUAAGUCGUCUAAGCAAGAAAAGUCAUCUACGUCGCGUGUUGUAACCGAAGAUCGAGCGGAGAGAAAUCGUAUCGAAGUCAUUGCGGGUGAUAAUAAAAAUGUGAUUGAAGAAGUGGUAAAGAGUAAACGAGUUAUUGAUGCGGAUGAUGCGGCAGGUCUUAAGCCAGAUUCUAACGAGUCUAUUAAGGAAAAGUUAGUCAGAACGGAAAUUCAUCGCAACGAAAAUGCUCGCCAAAAUAACACUCAAAAGGAAACGUUGAACCAAGAAUUCAUUCAUAAGGACACUGCCAAUGAACAGCAAAAAAAUGGUCGUCGCGAAGAAAUUCGGGUACAUAAGCAGCCAGUUCAAAGUGAGAAGGUUAACAAAGAGACGACAGAAUUGUACGAAUCUACUCAUGAUCGUUUCCAGAAACAAAAGAAUGAGAAUGUUACCAGCCGCAUGGAAAUAGCCAUUGAAGCUGAUCAGCAACGAAACUCAGUCACCAAACAGAACGCUCCAGUUCAAAGUAUCGACACAGACGACCUCCUAUACGACAAAAAAUCGACAGAAACACACAAAACUGUUAAGAAAGAUUUGAGUCGCGACCAUGAACGAUACACAAAAGCGCGACCAGUUGAAAGCGAUUUACCCGAUGAACAUUUUGAUCGUCAACCCGUCGUAGAGGAGCAAAUUGUACCGAAAAAAGAAAUCUAUCACGUUUGCUCGCCGAGUCAUGAUCAUUCGCCGAAACCAGCUUCCAAAACAUCGUCGAAACCAUCAGAUUACACGAGCAAAAGAAUUAGUGUCGAUCAUAAUCCGACGCAUGAGGCUUUCGCUAGGUCGUUAAGGUGUGUCACACCGGAAAUCGAUAAACGUUCCGUUCAAUCAAGCACUUAUUCGGUGAAGAGUAAUUACACGUACACUGACCGUGAUCACCGCAGUCCAUCCAGAGAUACAAAUGUGUCGGAUACCAGCAAAAUCAGCUCGACAACCGUAACCAAAUCUAAAUCGCCGAAUAGAAAAUUGUCACCAGAAAAACGAAAGACCACGAUAUCCAGCGAAACCAUCGACAUUACAUCAUCGGAACAAUUUAAAAAUGAGAAGAAAACAGAGUCGACAGUUCGUAAAGGCAGUCAGACGUUUACUUCGAACAAAACUAUACCGAAAUCAGAGGAUCAUUACGACCAUCCGCGAAACAAUCAACCCCUUUAUGACAUUCCGACUAACAACGCACCGGUUCGCAAAAAUUCAUCCGACCAACCGAGCUAUUCACGUCCGACGGCAUCGUCGGCCAGACACAAUGUCAAACCCGAUGAUGGUGCGCAAAAGCCAAAAAAGAAAGACAACGAUGAACCGAUUUACGAAACAGUAGUCGACAGACCAUCCAACGAUCGAAGACAUUCGUCAAAAAUCGAUUCAAAGACAACGGUUACUACAACGGUUACAAGAGAAACGAAUGACUAUAGGAAUGUGGAUCGACCAAUAAAGAGGCAACCAGCUGCUCAUCAUCCAGAAUAUGAGUCUAAUUUCGAUUCGGGACGAUCCAAUUCACCUACUAGCUCGGUCAGCGACAUCGAGUACGUCAACUUUAAGAACACUAAUCGAACAGUCACGGAUUUGGACGAAAUUGAAAUUAUAAUCAACACGAAGGACAAGACGACAAACCGAGAUACUCAAGAUGGUUUGUUCCUGUCGACUCAUAAGAAAAAGGCAUCAUCUCCAUCUUUGGAAUCAGAUACCGACACCAUAGUAGAACAGGAAAAAGACCACGGGGUAGAACCUUUCUAUUUGAAUGAAAGUCAGAAAGACGUUAAGGAAACACGUAGACAAAAACCUCCAUUAACUAGAAGUGAGACAUACGAGGAACGUUGUCGUUCAAUGUUAGGAAUGAAGAUGGAAUCGGAAGAACGAGAAACUGUAAAAAAUUCAAAGCAAGCAUCCACUGAUCUGAUAAUAUCUGAACGAAAAGUAGAAAAUAGAUCACCCUUAAGGUCUCCAACGAAAAGUCCGGAUAGGAAGAGUUCAACGAAUGCAGGAAAUGUGGAUCGAUCACCUAGUCGAAGUCCUGAUAGGAAACCAACUUCUACAAAGUCCACUGUUGUAGAAGAAGAUGGUCACUUCGAUACUUUCACACGAUCGAAAGGCAAUAAGUCUUCAUCACCGAAGCGCACACCACUAGAACGACCCGGAACAGAAGAGAAAAUCCCAACAGACACUUCAACAUUUGAACGAAAAUCUUCAAAGGUAACCAAUAAUCAUACUACAUCGCCAGUCCGUUCAAAUAGUAGCAGUCCGGACAGAAAAAGAACAUCAGAAGUCACAAAACAAUUCAUGAAGGAGGAGAUUCGCUCGAAUUCUUUCACGACCAAAUCCACUAAAACUAAGAACACCCAGAACGAGACAGUAACUACUCGGGAAACAAGUCCUAAAAGAGAGCCUAAAUCUGACUCUAUUAGAACUUCGACAUCUCCAAAGCGAUCGCCAAAUCGUUCGCCGAACACUAGUCCGUCGAGAAAUAGACCCAAGGAAAACGUUGUGGAGGCCACGAAAAAACUUAUAAACUCGGAAAGUGUUGUGCGCAAAAAUUCCAAAUCUGAGUUCGCGACCACAUCAGUGAACCGUUCAGAAGAACGUGAUACUCAAACUAAGCAAAACAAAGUUAACAAGGAGCCACGUAAGAGUCCUACGAGAGUCGAUAGGACAUCGCCCGCUCGAAAGACGACCGACGAAACGUUCACUGAAACUUCUGAAACUUUCUUCUCCGAAACGAAGGCCGAUACAAUUAAAAGACGUCCAGGUUCGGAAAAUCGAAAUUCAAUUGGAAAAUCGAACGCAACGAGCCCAGAUCGUAAACCCACUAAUAAAGAAGUUAAUCGUAAAUCCGUUUCUGACGAAAAUAAAGUUUCCACUCCCAAGAAGUCUACUCAUGUCAAUACUGACAGUCAGGAUGCGAGUAGAACAACAACCAACACUUUCACACGAAAGAAGACAUCUGAGACAAUCGAAACGAAUUUAUCUAGCCCAACGAAAUCGAAAGGAAAACCAGUGGACAAUGCUUUGCGAUCAAGUUCCCCUGUCAAAAAUACUUCGGCGCCUUCAAAAUUGAAAGCUAAACCAGCAAAAAUCGAUAUCAAGUCCAAGCCGAAGCAGAAACAACCCAAUAAUUAUUCAACCGACGACGAUUCCGACGAAGAAAUCAAUUCCAAAAAGUCACCGAAGAAGAUGCCAAUAACCGAACGGAAAGAUUCAGCGCCAGUAUAUCGAUCGACGAAAGUCGACAAAGAAGUAAAAAUGGCCAGGUCGACGAGUGAACACUUCUCAGCCACAUCAAGGAAGGGAUCAAAACCGGAAAUCGAAACUCCAAAAUCUCCACAGAAAUUCGAAAAACGACCAACAAAAUGCAUGACUACCAAGACGAUCAAUCUGUCGACCGCAAACACCAUAAACAGCGAGGACAUGGAGAAUGUAAUCAUUGACAUUCAACAGGCAAAAUCGUCUAGAGAGCCAACGCCUAACCGAAUUAUUCCAACACCUGUAUCACCGGAAGAAGAUACCGGCAAGCCAAGAUAUCCUGAUACCGUUCAUGAACCCGAUGACGAACGUCCGCAACGACGACCAAAUAUCAAAAAUAUUCCAAUUUUUGAAGAGAACACCAAAGAAUAUAUUAGCUGCCACAUAACGGAAGUCAGCGAGGACUACGGUGCUUCUGACAGCGAUGAGUGUAUGUUAAGUGUAUCCGAUAAAGUUACGAAAUUUUCGACGCAGGUGACUAGCCCAACCAAUGAGAAGUUCAGGCGCAACGUUGCGGAAACAGUCAAUGAAUUCUCUGAGGACGUAGAUGAUGAGUGCCGUCUUAGUGUUCAAGGCAAAGUGUCUAAAUUCACUGCUAUUGCCGAAGAAGUCAAUACAACCAAAACGUCCAGUAGUACGAAGAAAGAGUGUAACACUACCGCCAAGGUCAACGAGAAAGUUGCUCAGUUCACUGAGAAAGAAGUUAGAAAUUCAAAGUCCUACAAACCAGAACCGGUUAAAAAUACGGAUCGUGUAAAAACUAGACGAGAUUUUGAAGACAUUGAUGAGACAUUAAAAAGUGACGAAUGUUUGUUGAGUGUGUCGGACAAAGUAAACAAAUUCGUUGCAACUGCCGAAACAUUAACAGCAAGUGUACCUCACAUGAGCGAUGUUAAAUCACCGGAACUUGUUGCUAAAGUUCAGCGACAAGUGUCACUACGGGACACAGUGACCAAACCAGACAACGGUCCACGAACACCUUCCGACCAACAUGAUUCUGGAAUUGACAGGUCAACACCAAGAGGAAAAAUUACCGACCGUUAUGUACCAAACAAAAGUAAGCCGACCUCAUCACCGUCGGUUCCGAUUUCGUUGUCCAGCAUCGAUGUAGUGAAAAAGGCCAAAUCGAUUUUCGAAAGAGGUGACUCGCCGAAGGCACCGAAACAGCGUGACAUAUUAACCAGACCUUCGAUUUGGGAGCAGAGAAGAGCUGAAGCAACUAAAACCGAUGUCAAAUUGACGGAUAUUGGUGUGUUCAAAACAGGAGAUGAUUCGAAUUCUGAUAUCGAUUCUAGACCAUCAUCCCGUUCACCUGAAUCCAGACAAUCCUCUUGUUCACCCGAACGCAGAAGAUCGUCUCGUUCGCCUGAACAACGUAGACCAUCUUACAUUUACGAACGUGCAGCGUCCCCAGUAAACACGACACGACCCCGUGUCGAAGAUGCCGACCAAAAGAAGCAAUCGCAGAAAAUUCAUGCUCCGAAGAAAAUUUUUACGACAAAUGAACAAACCACUUCAAAGAAACCUAAGCCAAUCGAUGCACCAGAUGCUACGACGGAUAAACGGUCAUACAUGAAUCACACCAUUGCUUCUCUGGAACACAUUCGUCGCGAUUCAAUCGAAAUCAAUAAAUCGAAUAUUCGAAAAUCGACACCAGAUGACGAGGUCGAUCAGGUGGAAAUCAAUCCGAAGAGUAGUGUCAAGUUUGGAGUUGAAUUGAAGCGUACAAACUCGCAACAAUCAGCGGGCAGACGCAAAAGCAGCUGCAGCGAGAUACCGCAUGUCGAAGAAAUUUUCGAACUCGAACUCUUAGAGCGGAUGCUGGACACUGUAGUGGGCUAUGAGCAACGUCGACGCAUACGAGCCCAGAUUCGAUUAGUGAAGAAACAAAUUCAAGACGAAGAGAAAUCGAAAGGUGUUAAGAAAACAGUCAACACCAAUCGCACAGACGUUACUACGGAAAGUUGGCGGCGUAAACAAGAACCGAGUCCUACACGUAGCCCGUUAAAAAAGAAAAAUGAAGAUGGCAGUGAGUACACGUCCAAGUUCAACAAAACGUCUAGAGUAGAAAGAACAACCAGUCCCGUUCGAAAAACUAGUCCACAGAGACGGCAUAACGAAAACGCGGAAUUCAUCUCGUCGGAACGCACCGCAAUCGAAGAAGACGUGUCUGUAAGACGAUCUAGUCCAAAUAGAAAGAGUUCUAUCGAUGGAAAUAGUAACGCUUACAGAAACGAACAAGUGAACAGCUACGUUCAAAUGAGUCGCAGCCCUAGUCCUAGAUCUAACAAAGUCACGUCGAAUUUAAGAAAUACGGCAGUGAAACAGGUGAAUGCAUCAAAGUCCAAUGACGAUGAUAAGCCAAUUUGGGCCAGAAAGAAUAUUUUGACGAAAGCGUCAGAUUCUACGAGAACAUUCACAUCGACCGGCAAGAAGACAACCGUAACGAAAGUGCAGAAACAAAAGACAGUUGAACAGAACGACGACUGUGUUACAUCAAGCUAUGGAAUAGGGCCAACUGAUGAAGAUGGAAAGCCUCUAUUCGGGAUCCGAGCAUUGAAGAAAAAGUCUCCAGCCGUUCAAACCAGCAAAGUGUCAGGAACAAUAAUCCAAGAAACGUUAUUCUCCGACAAUGGAGCACCGCCAACCGGCAAUCGAACCACCACGAUGUAUUCAUCGGAUCCGCAAGAUAUUCGCCAUUUUGUCGAAUCGAACGGUACCGCAUCAGACAUACGUAACCGUUUAAUUGAACGGGAAAAUAGCCGAAGAGGCGUAACCAGUGUGACAACCUCGCAAACAAUUACGGCUAUUGAUACACCUGAAGACAUGAGUGCAUCAAACAGCAAACAACCGAAAAUAGUUCGCCGUGGAUCUGUGAAGGAAUUAAGCGAAAAAUUUCAAAAGGAAUCUACUAAGUCGUCGGAAAAAACUACCUCAUCCUAUCCGAAAGCUGGCUUAAUAUUGCGCACUCAAACCAGUCGAGAAUCUACGCCAGACCAGCAUGACGGUCUUUCAACGCUAAAAUUGAAUUUAUGUUCUGUAAUAUGGUUAAAGAACCCAUUUCGUAGCGCCAACAGCAGUCUACGUUCCGGUUCGGCAGACUUUGACGAUUGUGACAUUGAGGUUCGUUGUUCGUCUUCGUCACGGCUACAAAGCGACGACGAAAUGGAAUUUAAAACAACAACCACGUCCCGCCAACAUCAGAGCAGUUCAUUCCUCAACUCCAACCGUAAAGUGACUAACGUACAGGAUGUGUUGAACCGCAUGCGGAAUGCCGACAAUGUGACCGAAGACGGCGAUACGGAAGAGGACAAAGAAGCACGGGCAUUACUUAACAAGUUUCUUGGGGCCUCGGUUCUUAUGAGUGGUAUGGAAUCAAUGGUGCCCAGAGAAAUAACUUCGAUUGUUGGAGCACCAUCGUCACAGAAACAGAUUACCACAACACACGUUACAAAAACCGUUAAAUCAACAUCGUCACCAUCAACUACACGUGAACUGAAGACUCGUGACAUCGAUUCGAUUUGGGACGAGGUGCUACUGAAACAAUUGUUGGAUCAAUCGAGCAGCUACGAAGAACGUCGUAAAAUCCGAGCUAGAUUACGUCAAGUUAUGGCUGAAAAGGAAGUUUGUGCUGACAUCGUAGCCAGCGUAACUGCUGAAUUAAAGCAACAAAAAUUAGAGAAAGAGACAUCCAAGAAAAUGGAAGUGAAACCGCCGGCAAAAAAGGAAGAGUCUGAGGAAGAAGAGGAUGAUGACGAUGAAUAUGAGUAUGAGGAAGUAGAAGUUACCGAUGAAGACGGAGAAGAAGAGUCUGAACACGAAGCAAAAGUUGAAGUCACCAAAUCAAACGAUAGUAAAAAAACAGCAUCAACGACAACAACAACUGCUGCAGUAAAAGCGGCUGAAGUAACAAAAACUACAGUUAAGGUUGAAGAAAAGAAGGAAUCGUCACAGGAAAGCAAAAUCCAAGUUAAAUCCGAUGAAUCAUCCAAAACAGUGACCACAACCCAAUCAAUCACAACCACUAAGGCAGUUCCAGCCAAACCAAUAUCACCAUUUGCGAAAUUCCGUCAACUUGAUAAACAAGUUUCGACGCAAUCAACUCCAAAUUCCCCGAAUAGUCCUUCAACUCCUAAGUCACCGGGGGGAGCUCCAUUAUUUAAAUUUACCGAUCCGGUACUGAGCGCUCGGGCUGCCACUGUCAAGGAUAUUUUGCUUCAGUGGUGUCAGUCGAAAACCAAGGAGUAUGAGAACGUUCAAAUAACCAACUUCUCUACAGCCUGGUCAGAUGGUCUCGCAUUCUGUGCCUUAUGCCACCAUUUUCUACCAGAUUCUUUCGAUUACAGUGUCCUAACACCGAAGCAACGAAGACACAAUUUUACACUCGCAUUCCGCAUUAUGGAUGAAAAAGCCGGGAUUGCGCCCUUGCUAGAUGUCGAGGAUAUGGUAAUCAUGAGGAAACCUGAUUGGAAAUGCGUCUUCACAUACGUUCAAUCAAUUCAUCGACGUUUCAGAAAUGUUGAUUAAAAAGAAAUUUAAACAAAAAAUAAAAUUUUGGUUCAAAACUUUUUAUAAAUUUUUAGUCUAUAGUGCGCUGGUUAAUAAAGUUAAAAAUGUGUGUCGAUUGUUUUGUUUCUCAGAAAAUAAAAUUUGUUGUUCAGUUUUAUAUUAUAAAGGAAUCAGCUUAAUGUAACUAAAUUCAAUGUUAUUUUGUUCAAUUUAAAAAGAAUUGCAAAAAAAUAGUGCACCGAAGCCAUACAGUGGAACCUGUUUUGUAGAAUUAAAUUUAUAAAAAUAAUUCGAAAAUUACGACGAGUUUUUCGUGUAAAAUUUUUGAUCGUAGGCGAAGCCGAGAAUUAUAAGAAUUUUUAAAAAUUUAAUUUUCUAAAAUAGGCCGUGUAAUACAAUGCUGCUUUAAAUAUUCACUUAAGCGUACGAACGAAAAGCGUCCAAUUUUCUUAAUAUUUUCAAAACGAUUUUUGUAAGUUUUGUAUCCCGUUUUUUUUUUUUUGCAAAAAGUUUAAUUCCAUUUUGUGUAGAUAUAUCUGACUGUGCUUAAUAAUAGAGUUGUUGUAGAGAACUACGUUGUUCGGAGAUAGAAAAAAAAUCGCUUACGUCCAUUUGGAAAUAUGUUUGCCGUUCUUCUUUAAACUUUUUAAUAAUUUAUUAAGGGAAAAGCUUACUUUUUAUUACAAAUACAGAAUUUUUACAAGAAAACAAAAAAAAAGAAAAUAUUUUAAGGUGCAGGAUACAUUUCAAUACAACAAGAAAUUAAUAUUUUUUAUUUAUAAUUAUUAUAUGACAACGAAACACUAAAAACUUUUGUAAAAUAACAACAAAAGAAAAUUGAAUUUAAAUUCUAAUCGUAGAAUCGUUAAGACAUAUAUUAUUAUUGAGUUUAAACAACAAAAAAUUAUUAAUUUUUAAGAAAACAUUUUAUGUAACCAAUUUGUUAAUUAAUUCUUUCUGAAAAUAAACUUGAAAAAAUGU